AUGCCUGUAUACCGACCGCUCUUUCGCUGCGCGUUGAGUGUGUUCCUCUGCCGCAACUCGUACCGAACACUGGGGCGUGCUGUAGGAUUCUGGCGAGCCAACGGAACAUCGUGGCUUCUGCGAGGUUCCCGUCUGGGUAUCGCACUCUUGAGCAGUUGGCUUCUUCUUUUAUUUAUUGGUGAGUUCCUAGCGUCACUCGUGGAGUUGUCUGUGGACGUUCUUACCCGUAUUGGUGUUGAUGCUAGGCGCAGCACGGAGAGCGAAGCCCCGCCACGUCCUUCGCAGCACGCUCUGGGGGCCGCUUUCCUGGCUCGUGCCGCUCGAAUCGUUCGACUGACCGCUCCCUUCGGCUUGGUUCAAAAGUUCAGACUCGCCUUUGGAACGAGACUGGUGUUGUGUUGGGGCACCAAGCCCUCACACCCGUGGGCUGAGCAAGGCAAGCGAGAGCUUCGUCCUGCCGCAGUAGACCCGGGCGCGCUGCUGGGGCAAGGCGUUGCUCGUCCGAGGGCCUCGAAUACACCUUUGGACUGGGUACCGCACCUGCAAUGUUGCCAUGAUUUGCUACCCGAACCGGAACGACGAUGCCCGAUGAAACGGUGUUUCGGCAUCGGCGUCUAUGUACCUGCUCUGGAGUUGGUCUAUGGCGCUUCCGCUGCCGAGACAAGUGCUACGAGCAACGCAAGCGAGUCGAGCGCUGACCCGGUCGUUGUGACCAUUCGCGUUGAACAGCUCUAUGUUCCAGUCAGCGCGCUCGUUAUUCUCCUCGGUCGCUAUCUGUACGGGCGUCUUCAGCGGCACCACAGAGGCGCGUCUUCGUUCGGGCGCCGCGAAACGCACCCUAGUUCCUUUUGUAGAGUGUGGAAACAGCGGCUGGAGCAUGCACUGGUCAAGAUGCUGUAUGGGAUCCUAUCUGGCAUCCGAGCAGCCCAGGUGGCAACGGUGCUGGUUUCCGCGAGCAGUCCGGACCAGGGGGUCUUCACACUGCAGCGCUUAGAAUGCGAACUUGAUCGUAACACCCCAGCUGUGCAGUUUCAUGGCCGUUAUGGGCUCUAUGCCAAACCCAAGCGAUCCGGUGCUGAAGAUCAUCAAGAAAGCUUUGCCCGAGCAUUCUUGCGAGCGCUCCGUGGUACCCAGUCUGAGCAGCAGUAUGCCGGUAUCGGAGUUUUUGGCUGCGUUCACCUCUGCCGUAGCCUCGAGGAGCGCAACACGCGCUGUCAUCAGAACGCCGCCAUCAUUGCCUGGUACGAGACACCCGGGCAGUUGGGUUGUGGAGCCGCGCUGCUCGGCUCAACCCACGGUGUCUACCGAUCACGUCCACCGGGUCGAGAUGCAGACAAGGAAAGCAUCGACUCGCCGCCGCACAGCAGUGUUGCGAUAGCCACACCGCCGACCUCGGCGCGAAGGAAUGCCGACCUUCAGUUCGAAAUGGCAGGGAUCGGCCUGGAACUGAGCUUCGAGCUCCUCGUUGAACUGGCACAACGCUACACCCAGCAGUGGUUACGCAGACAAGCACGAAAAACAGAACAGAAUCGGGUCGGAAGGUCGCGUUCGGAUUCUGGUGCGAAACUGUUGCAGAAACUCUCGCACUUGGCGAUCUCGCUGCAUUUGCGCAACGUCAAACUUGACUUUAUUAGCAAGCGUGAUGAGGUGCGUCUCGAAGCAUCCGAGCUGGAACUUUUUCUGGAUCAAAGCAAGGCAGGUGCAUCCGCCGUAGGGGCAUUCAUGGUCCCCGAGGCUCGUCCGUUUGCCAAGUCCCUGCACAUCCGCCUGGAUCAGGCCGCUGUACAGCUGUUUCACAGGCUAGUGACACCUUCGAUAACAACGAAGGAUGACGGUGCCUUGAACGCCACGCUAACGACAGUGCUGCGCUGCGGGAUGAUAUUCGGAUCCCUGGAGGAGGCUGUGCUCGAGCGUGUCGAGCUGCAGGUCGCACAACACCCUCUGUUGGUGAUUGCUCAGCUGGCAGUGGUGCAGACUUUGCGACAGGUGCAGGUACAGCGUCCUCGCUUGGACUGGUGCCCCGACGCCCAAGAUGGACUCGAAGCGAUCUGGCAUCGUUGGCGAACCUUAUUACCGCAGUUGGAUGAGCACUUGCAGCGGAAAUCUCAGAAGCGCAGCGAACUGGCGCCCACACGAAUUCCAGAGGAUUCCAUCUCGUUGUGGCAACUCAGCGUUGUGGGCGAGGCCAGCGCCUGGGGUCGCUUUCCUCACGGCAAUAACUCGGGUAUGGUAUUCGAUGCCUUGCAGAUGCCGCUGCAGCGGCAGCCGUGGCGCAUACGUGUCGAACGCCUAUCCUGGUUUGUGGAUGACCGCUGUAUGGGGCAUGCAGCCCAGACGUCUUUCUGUGUGCACUGGGGCAAGGAGAAGCGUCUAAUUGAGGCCCACACUGCAUUGCUUCGCUUCCAGAUGCCCUAUGGAUUUCGUUUCCUACAGCAAUACAACCUGUUUUUGGCGCAUUUGCGGCUCUACUUUCGAUAUCGCAAGACGUUUGGCCGCCAUACCGGCACACGCUCCGCCCGAGCUGCUCCAGGCACGGCGACUUGGUCGGGUACGCGGAAGUCUAUUUUUCCCGACGUGGACAUUCGAGCCGAUGAGGCGGAGUUCGUGCUCCGCGAUCACGAACUGGAGCACUGGUUCAACGAACGCUUCCUGGUGAUGGUGGACGAGGCGCAGGAGCGGGUUCUUCGAGAGCGGCUCGCACACUCCAUGUUGGAGGCGAAUCGACCCAGGCAGCAGGAGAUAUUGGCGGAUGAACUGGAGCACCAGCACGCAACCCUCUAUGUCAGAAGAAUGCAGCAAUGGCAGCAGCAGAGACUUGAACUCGAGCGGGCCGCAGCACUGCACCAGCAAGUGGUCGCUCCUUGGAUGCCGGACGCUGCUUUCCAACAGUUGUUUGUGGCUAGAGCGAUGAACGUACGUUUCCGUCUGAUCCGCUCGCGACUGAGUCGCGCUGAAGAGAACCGCGAAGCAGCAGCGUUCGCGGCGCGUAUGGACGCCACAUUCGGUGAAGGUGCAGUUUCCAGCCAGGCGAAUACCGAGACCGCUUGGAGCUCGCGUUCCAAGCAAGCCUCGGAAACUGCACCAUCUGAUGAACCGGCGAAACCGGAAGCAGGCAAAGGAUGCACCCGCAUUGCCGGAGAAGCUGAACUGGUGCACCGCAGCGCAGCUGCCUCGUCGUCUGGGGCACCCACGAUGUCCACAUAUAGCACUGCUUCUGCUGCUGUUGCUCCUGGAGCAGUGCAACCGCCACCGUCACCGCCACCACCUUCAACACAACGAGAACAUCUCUUGGACCCGAACCAGUGGUACACGCUCGGUCGCCGACGCCUCGUCAUUGAUAUCGAUGGUGAACUGGUCGUCCAUUUGCGUCAUUUCCCCUUUCCGGUGGUGCAGUUGGAGAAGGGACUCCGCCUCCGGGGAACCGUUGCGCUCGGUGAACUGCACGUUUGCGAGCCGUUCGCUGCUGAGCGAGACCUUCAGCUCAGUCAAAGCUGCUGGGUGCGCUACCGGCGAGCCAUCUCCCCGAAUCGCUGGUACUGCGACUGGGACCUCAUGAGCGGUGGACGCUUUCGGCUGAACUGGUCCCGUGCGCUGAUUUCUACCCUCAAGGAUAUGAUGGAUGGCUUUCAGGGCUUUGCGGGUGCAGGCAAAGACCCGAGUCCGCUGCUCAACUGGUGGAAUCAACUGAGACUGUUGAUUCACGGCCGUUGGCGACUGCACUGCCCCGAGGGCUUUCAGAUUGUCCUGUUGAGCAGCGCGCCUUACAACCCUGAGUAUGACGAGCGGAUCGAGUGCUGCCUAACGGGACCUCGUACGGGGUUAUGUAUCGAUCGCCGACUGGGAACAGUGGAACUUGAAGCGGACGCCUGGAAGUUGCUGUUCCAUGUAGCGACAUCGAGCAACCAAGGAGCACCGCUCCACGCCCCGAGUCGACUGUGCGGUGCUGAACCCAUUCACUUGCUUUUCCGGGUCGAUGCGGAGCCCGCGCUUGGUGUUCCCGUCUCUGCGUACCCACAUCCACUGGGGUAUCCUCGAGGUGUCCAGGGGCCGGGAGAACGCCUGCCUCCCGCUGUCCCGUCGACGUUGGUACCGCUGACUGCUGCCUACCAGGGGAGUUGCGCUCGACUCGCAGCGCGAGAAAACGUUACGUUGGGCACUUUGCCUGCGAGCGAUGCCUCCAGUGACGCAGCAGGCGCUAGGUGUUUCACGGAUUCAAAGCAGCUGAUAAUGGAGCCGGAUGCGGAAACGGUUACCCCGUCGCAUACUCGGGAAUCCGCCGGUGUUCACGCAGAUAGCACGCUCGCGGAUACCGAUACGAAAACAAGCGAACAUGCCUCUUCUACGGCUUCGAUUCGCAGAGAGCCGUACGCAGUGUGGUAUACACCAUUGGCGGACUACCCGCAACACGAUACAUACCGGAGCUUUCGGGCUCGAGCGCUGCACCUAUCACUCCAGUGCAAGCUCUCGUGGAGUUCCAGUGUAGCAUCCGGAGAGCACGAUGCGCAAGGCGCUCAGCUAACCACGUACGCUUUGGCGUCAAUGCUCUUCCGAGUGCUCGAACUGGCCGGAGUGAAUCGACUACUGGGGCAGUCACCGUAUGCCUUCCGCCCAGUAUCCCGCAAAGUCGGCCUCAUCCGUUCGGGAAAGCGGCGCUAUGGUGUACGCUUCGGGGAACUCGUGUCAAGUUUCAGCCUCUCCGCAUCGGUCCCCAAACCCUGGGCACUCCGCUGCUACGAUGCUUUGCGUCCGACGGAGCACUUUACAGUGCGAGCAGGGCCCGUAAUGGCGACGCUGUGCUGGUGCCGUCCAACUGGCUCCGCGUUUGAGUCUAUUCGCGGCCGCGCCUUUGAGCAAAAUAUCCGAGUCUCGGCAGACUGGCUCCGCAUCGACCUGAACCGUGGUCUGCUGCUGCUGCAGACCGGGCGAAUCCACUAUGAGCGUGCACUCGAAGUUGAAAAGAUGCAGGGCCUGCUUCUGCCCAGCACCCUGGAUACGCUUCGUAUCUGGCCGGAUUCCUUCGCUGCAGUAUUCGCCACGGCGAAGAAAGUCUCACAGCGCACUCUGCUCGCCGGAUCCGAUGCACUUCAUGCGCUGUUUCCGGGGAGCAACUUGGGGAAAGGUGCUGCUGGUGCUGCCGCCACUGCACCUGCUACCAGAGUCGCCAAGCCGGAGCGCACGCUUGUCGGGUCGCUACGGGACCAGCACGCCGCGGAAGCGGCUCAGAGCGUCGCCGGCACCGCUUCUGGUGCAGUGAACACCGGCGCUGGCACCAGCGGCAGCGGUCUCUGGAACAGCGCACUGAGCGCCCCGAAGAGCACCCAAAGUCAGCAGCAUGAGCUGGGCAACCGCGCUCGACGUCUCGCCAAUGCGCUCGGGAUGUCGCUCUCGAUGCAGCGCAAGCCAGAGACGGAUGUCCUGGACUUGAGGGAUUUGUUGCUGCAGGAGCAUCUAGAGCAGGUCAAGCGGCAGCAGCAACAACAACAACAACAAGAACAGCGGCAGCGAACGCGUUCCGGAAGCGCUGCAGACGCUGCCGCACGCUUCAUGUCCACGCGGGGCACUCCGGCGAGAGAGCGUGCCAGCGACGCUUCGCUUCAACCUCGAAGCACAGCGAUAGCCACUCUCGAUGCUGAUACAUCUGGAGCGGCUUCGACGACGGCAGCGAGCAGCAGACAAAGAAGAGCGCAGAGCCUGGAAGCGCCGCCAUUGUGGCACCAGCGCGGCACUUGGACGAAACCUGGUCAUCAGGGCGCUUUGCCGCAGUCGCUCACCAGUGAGCGACUCUCGGCAACGAGACGCCGUCCAGAUGAAGCGAGUCGAGCGUGGGAGCAGUCACGAACGAGUGAGCGGCGCUCGGAAACGACACUCCAUGCAGGCGAGACAACUCAAGUACCGGAGCCGUUGCCACAGACGACAGAGGCGGGCGCUCAUGAAGCCAACCUGACCUCGCCAAACUGGAUAGCUUCGUCUUCGGAACGUCCACCAGUUGCUGGUCAGCAGCCGCUACAUCCACGCGUUCCCGAGACAGCCGAUAUCGGACUGCCGGAUAGCAGUUCCGGUCGAAGUCGUUACACGCAACGUCGCCAACUGCUUUCCCAGCGUGUUCGCUUCCAGUUGACGCUCAUCGAGCCCGCUGUCUGGAUUCGCUCCGAACAGGGACGGGAUGCGGUGCGUCUGUCAGCCAACCAGGGCAUUCUGGAUGUCGUGGAGGGCGUCUGUCACCGCGGUGCCCAGGACCUGGGUACCGAAAUCGAUUAUCGAGUCUGUUUACGCGGUGUGAAUAUCACCGUCGAGGGCCAGGAACUGUCGCAUCCAGCGGAAUCGGCACCUAUCUUUCUCUACUAUAUUCAUCCGGUACCAGCGGAGGACUUGCGGGCUCGCCACGUGGAGGUAGUGGUACCGGCUCUGCACCUGGCGGCCACCGCUCCCGAGUUCCACACGCUUUUCCGCAUUGUACGCGAAGUUCUUCUGAGCAAAGGUAGCCAGGCGUUGCGCGUAAGUCGCAUUCUCAAGCCGCUCCGUCAACGCGCUGUGGUCUUCGAGGAUGCCGACUUUGUGAUUGAGCGAGCGCUGACGCUUCGCGCCUUGCUCCAGGAUGUGGAUCUCUUACUGCUUCAUGGCGGUGAGGAGAGUCUCGCCUCUCUCUGGACGCAGCUGGAUAGCAGCAGCGGUAGUACAAUGCCACCAGAGAGCCGGCGCGGCAAGAUAUCCACGGAGGUCGGCAGCACAGGCGCUUCAACCGGUGAACGUCUCCUCUGGACGGCAAGUGGCGGUUUGCGCAUAACCGGACGAGCAAGUGCUGGUGCUACUGCUGACGCUGCUCUCCGCGAGUCCGAGGAAGGCGCUGCAUCGCGUCCGACGGCACUGAGCGUUGCGACAAGCGCCGGCACUGCCGCCCCACAACCCGUAUCCAAGUUACCGACAUCCGAACAAGCGUUUGCGUUCCGUUGGUGGCUUGCUGCACAAGCCCGGGCCUGGCAAGUACUGCUUGUGGAUGCAUUACGUGGACGCAUCCAUUAUGAUGAUCGGUCUACAGCGCUGGCAGAUGAACUCGAGGAUCUCGACAUCAUUCUGGAAGUGGCGCGGGUGCGCUGGUCUCUGCUGCUAAGUCGCCGGCGAGCGUUCCUAGAAGUGAGCAUUCGGCGCAUCUAUGGGUUGCAGCGGCGCUAUAUGAGUGGACGUGAGCUCAACGACUAUGGCAUUACGGAUCUGGUGGUGCAGAAUCGCUCACGAGACCUCGACUUGGGCUGCGUUAUUCGUGGUGACUCGUUUCGCUAUGUUUCGGUCUCUGAAGGCGUCAUUGGUGGGAUUAUGCGAUAUUCGCGGUUGACACUGGACAUGGCAAAGACGCUGCAUAUUCGCCUCUACGGUGUACUGGUGGAUCGUCUCAAUGAGUACUUUUUCGGGGUGGCUACGAGCACGAAUGCUACCGCUGCUGCAUCCGCCGCACAGGCGACAGUGCCCGCUGCGAGCACCGUAGCGGCACCAGUGCAGCCUCUGUCUGAGACGUCGUCUCUUCCGGGAAUGUCGCCUGCAGUCGCAGAUGGCAGGAGGUCGAGCGUAUCCAGCAUUCUUGCCGGGCAACCUGAGACGAGAUCAGCGCACGAGCCGCUGCACGAGGCCCGCGAGGGCUCACUGAACGCGAGCACUCGACGCAGUCCGUCGCGUUCCGCUGACAACGAAACGCUUGCCCCGACAAGUGGUGGUGGUGGUGGUGCUCACGCUCACGCCACUGCUGGUACUGCUGGUGCUCUGGCAAGCGUUGGAACUGCACUCGGGCAUGAUGCCGCCACCUCAGCGUCACCGCCGCAAGCCUCGUUUGGUGCACCGCCUGUGGAUGCUGCGCUUACGGGUACUCCUGGCUAUCCCGCUGACCCUUCAUCGACGCUAUUUUUGCUGCCGCUGGAGGAGAGCGCUCAACGCUACGCCUCCGCCAGCGAGUCGCGGAGCAGUGCGCGUCCGGGUCGUGGCAUCACCGCAACAGGAGCGACCAACACCUCUAUAACGCCCGUUCAGAUCGACUAUGCGUACUUAUCCUCAUUGGAGAUCAUUGGCUCGUACCACAGCGGCACCGGGAAGGAGCACAGUUUUCUCGAUUUCGACGAUCUCUGUGUGCUGGUGCCGUCGCUCAUGUACCAGGCAGUGACAGGUUCGUGGCAAGGUUUUAUCGAAAUGGUGCGUCGAGACUUUGCCUCAGCUUUUGUUCGCGACGCAAUCGGGCAGCUGAGCAAGCGCAAGUUUCUCGGGUUCCUGCGACGGCCUUUUCGAAGUAUAUCUACGAUCGAUGAUGGGCGCUCUGCAGGCGAACCAGGCAGCCAGGUGGCGGUACUGGCGUCGCCAGCAGCCACAGAAGCAGCCAUCCGCCGACGUCGACAACGGGGACGCACGCCAAUUGUACAGGCCGUGGAACAGGCUUCCGCAGCAGCAGCAGUACGAAGCACAGCUCGUGAGCAUCUCAGUGAGCUGGUACUUUUCGGUAGUUUACGGCUUGUACGCAGGGCGCUGAUGCGUGAUCCCCCGGCACGAAGCGCUGCGAUGAAUCCGGAGCAGGCGUCAGAGCCACUGAGGCACGAGGAUGCAGAGGACAACAACGAAGACGACGGCGACGAAGAAGAAGAAGAUGAUGAUGAUGACGAACCGUUAGCUUUGCCAGCCUAG